GCAUUGAACGGUGAUCGUACUGUAAGGAGUUUGUGUGGGCGGGAAAAAUAAUUAAAAAUGCAGUUUUUGAACGCAUCCCCCGUGAUCCUACUGCUGCUGGCCACUUCAGCUCUGGCGCAGUUCGAAGGUUACGACUUCGAGCACCAGGGUUACUUCGAACAUGGCUUCAAGGAGCCGAUAGUGCAUCAUCAUCACCACCAGAACUUGGAGGAACAUCACCAUGGUGGAGAAGACUUCGAUCUAGACUACCAUGCGCACCCCAAGUACGCGUUCGACUACUCAGUGAAGGACCCUCACACCGGCGACGACAAAGAACACUGGGAGACCAGGGACGGGGACAAGGUUAAAGGCCAAUACACCCUCACGGAAACCGACGGAACAAAGCGAGUAGUGGAAUACGAAGCGGACGACAAAAACGGAUUCAACGCCGUCGUGCACAAAAUCGGGACUCCGAAAGAACAUCAUGAAGAAAUCAAGAAACCCCUGUUUGAAGCCAACCACCAUUACGAGCCGUUGAGGUUCCAUAACGAACAUGGGUCCCAUCACGGGUUUGACGGCGGUUUUGUGCCUAUUGUCGGGGGUUAUGAGCAUUAAGGAUGGGUGAGGAUGGAGGUUAUGUAGGUUUUUUAUGCUUUUUCAUUAAGGGAGCCUUUAUACCAAGAGAUGUGCUAUGCAGAAAGA